CUUCUUGGUUCUUGAUCAGUCGACAGGCAAAAAACCACAAACCAGUCAUGUUAUGUCUGAGUCCAUUUUCAUGUUGACAAACACAAAGUUGAGUUUAUAUAAUUAUAUUUCAGAAAUCAGGUGAAAUUUACAAUUUAAUUUCAUUAUAAAUAGCAAGGAGUAAUUUAUUCGUAUUGAUAAAGAAUUUUUGCUUCAGCAAGAAUGGAAUUAGAUAAUGAAUCGUGUACAGAAGUAGCCAAAUUUCUGAGAGAAAUCAUCACUAGACUGGAGGAAGAAGAAAAAAUACACUCCAAACCAAUGAUACUCUCUACCCCUUUUGUCUACUACCCUCCUCCAGACCCAGGUAAUCCAUUCUGUGGAAAAAUCAAAUUUUUUGCGUCAAAAAGGAGAUAUUCGCAUGCGCCAUCUUUGAAUUCACCAUACGCGGACCCCAUGUUCAAAAAUAUGUUUCAGUCGAGCAAAAUAAGGGAUGACAGAAUUGCGCUGAGAGGCUGCGUUGCCAGAAGUUAUCGACUUAACAAAGAGCCUCAAAUGACGUUUACAAUCGGGCCAAAAUCUCACUUCUGCCGAAAAUGGAGUGAGAAGAAAUUUGACCACUUUUCAGAUCAAAAAGAGUUCCUGCUAUCCUUGUUCUUCAACAACACAGAACGCGCCGAGUUCCUGAUGAACAGAGGUCAAGUGAACAUCAACGGGAGCGAGUGGAGUGAGUUCAGUCGCCCGCUCCAUAUGGCAGCUGAGUUUGGAUUUGUCGAUCUUGUUAAACUUCUUUUGAAGAAUGGCGCUGACCCAAACAUUGUAAACCAACUGGAUCAAACACCCCUUCAGGUGGCUGCUCGCAGAAACCAACUGGAAGUUGUCAAAAUCUUACUUGAAGCAGGAGCUGACCCCAAUUGCCGCAAUGAGCAGGGACAAACUGCAAGCCAGAUGGCUGGGGCCAGCAUUGGGCCCGGCGACGUAGUUUUCAACGAACUCAAGAGGAGAGUAACAACUCAGGUGAUCAACAUUCUGACCAGGUACGCGAGGCAAAAUAAGCAGUCGUCGGACGAAGAAGAGCUGCUGCUUAUGUUCAAAACGAGUCUGUGUCUCACUGAGAACAAAGAACAGUUGAAAGACCAGCUGACCUGUAUGGUCGACGAGCUGUCUUCGCUCUCUCUCUCACCUGACACAGAGGAAAGCAAACCUACCACUAGUCGCGCCACCAACUAGACACUAUUUGACUGAAAUUAUAUUAUAAGUUGCAAAAAUGUUGAGUGGACGAAUUUUUGUGUUGACUUUUUAGUUUUAGGAGGCUCACUAAUUGGUGAAACUUGUGUGUUGGAACAGUUGACAAAAAAUGGUUGUAUGGUAAGAGAUGUUGUGGUAUUUUUCUAUAAUUGAAAGAAUAAGUGGUCGACGUUGUCAAUACCACUAUAUUUGUUCAAAAUUAAUUAAAAUUACAUAAACAGUUUUCAUGGCAACACCUGCCACAGCUGAACCAAUGUUGAUUGUUAUUGUUGAAGGAACAGGAAAUUCAUUCAUUCAUUCAUUUCAUUGGCAAUUACAGAUCAUAAUUAUAAUAAAUAUAAUAUGAUUGGGAGAAGACAACAGGCAUAGCCCAAAACUGUCUAGUCCCAAAUUUUUACAAAUGAAAGUUUCAAAAAAGAAUAAGGUUAACAUUUCACUUCCACUUCAAAAAGUCCAAUUUCCACUUCAAAACUAAUGACUCAACUAAAAAUUUUGAAUUUUGAUAUUUAAAAACUGAUUGAAAACAAAAAUAUUUCACUCAAAUCUCUACAAAUUGGAUUUUUUUUAAAAAGUUCAUGACGUGGCAGGUUUUAGAUAUUUAAUAAAUAAUACUCUUCAUAUCAACCAACCAUCUUUUCAAAUUCAACGUCUUUCAACUUGACAAAAGCUUAGUUUCUUUAUUGAGAUAGAAUUGUACUACUAUAGUGUAUUCAACAAAAUUGCGGUGUCGAUUUUUGUUUAUUGACAAAAAAAUGUGCCUUUGGUUGGUGAUUAGAUCAGGAGGCUCGAGGUUGAUUCACAUCUGUAAAAUAGUUUUGAAUCUAUAAUAUAUUUUAAAAUGGUAAUCCUGAUUGGAAAUUGAUGGAUGAAAGUAGGUAGAUCAAUCAACCUCAAGUAUUUUCAGCUUAUAUUUCAUCAACAAAUUCCACAUAACUCCGUGUUUCUGUUAAAUCACUAUCGAGAGAUAUAUAGAUAUAUAGAUUUAUAUUUACAUAAAUUCUAAGCUCAGUGUUUUCCAAGUUACGGAUUUAUAGUUAGCUCAGUGUGUUAUUAAUGAUGGCUAAGUUACUGAGCUAAAUAUCGGCAGCUAUAGUGAGAUUCUCUUCAAUUUGUCAGCAUUCAUGGAAUGGGAAGCGAAUUAGGAAUGCUAACUAAGUAAAUCUCACUAUAUUAGAGUAACUAUUUAGCUCUGUGGAUACUUUCCAAUCGGUUUCUGUUCUGCAGCACAGAAAAAGAAUGCUUUUGAAUCUUUAGGGGGUUUCACUCAAUUCAUGUGUGAACGCUCUAUUUUUUUUUUCAUCACAGUUUGUGCAUAUGGGUGUGUUCAUAAAUUCCCAUUUUACCAAUGUGUGAACACUCGCAUUAAAAGUAAAGCUAUUCUUUUUUUGACCUAGCAGAGAAGAAAUUCGGGGAAAACAGGGCUCUAGUUACUUAUGCUGUUCCAAUACACAAGUUUCUCUAAUUCUAAUGAUUUUUCUGACUGAGCUAAUUGUAUGAUCUUUCACAUUACUUCACAGAUCUAAUUUGUCGAGGAACUUAUGUUUUCGUUGUAUUAGUAUGUCGGUGAACUCUUCAGCUUAUUACUGUAAUAUAUGUCUAAUAGUUUACCGACAAAUCAGUUAGCCGAAAAUACUAGCUCCUCGACUUGAACUACCAGACGAAAUUAGAUUGAAAACUGUGCAGCUAUGAGGAAAGUUUAAUUUUCCAAUGCAGAUCAUGUGAAAUCGUAUUGUAUUAUACAUUCCAGAAUACAUUAAGCUCAAAUUUAUUUUAUCUGAAGGUCAAUGAUAAGAUACUUCUUUGCCAUAACCCUCUUUAAGAACAUUUUUCAAUAAUACAGGACAUUUUUGGGAAGUUGAAAAAUGAUCAAACUUAUCAAAGUGAAGUGUCUUUCAAUAAGAUAAUAUGAAAAAUAUUUCAAGUGUAGAAAGAAAUUAACAAGAGACAAACUAAAAUUCAACACAGUUUUAUAAGAAUUUGGAGCUGUGUCAAUCUAUUAUUCGCUGUUUUAUUUUUAUAUUUUUGUGUGUGUAUAUUAUCAAAAUGGAGUUCAAUUUUUGUCUCCAUCGAUAAAAAUUUACGUAAAGAUUCAUUAUUUCAAAUUUUUAAUACUAUUACAGUAUGUACCACUAUUAUAAUAUGUAGUUAACAUAUUAUUGCAAAAUUUAACAAUUUUAUUAUGAUAUAAAUAUUGAUAGUACAGUAAUGAUGGUCCAGCUAGCUAUGGAAAAAUUCAAAUUCACUUCAUUUUUAAUUUGAAUAAAAUAGUUCUAAUUGUCUUCGAGCUAAAUAAGUGGUAUUUUCUAUGUUAUGUGAAGUAGUAGAAUGUAACUGAAUUCCAAUUUAAGAUUGAAGUGAAUUCCACUAGUUUGUUUGUUAGAAACAAACAAUGCUUCAAUAUCAAUUAUUUAGGUUUAUAAAAUGAAGAAUCGUAAAUCCAACUCAAUUACGAGUACUUAUGAUAAGAUGAAGUCUUCCUUUCAAAACUUCUACCUCAGAUGCUCCACAAAACGAAUUUUUCGUAAAAGAAACAAAAAAAUUAUAUCAUAUGAAUCUUGUGUGAACCGUUGAUGCAUUAUGUAAUAGAAUAAUAUUUUAGGUAUUGUUACAACCAGAAUGUACAAAAAAUAGUAUAUUUUUAGUUGAAGAUUUGUAUAAUUCCUUUAAAAGCCAUCAAUUCAUUUUGAGUAAUAUAGAGAUGUCACUGCCACUUUGAUCAUGAUAUUAUAGUGUGAACAAAAAGUCACUCAACCCAAACCUCUAAAGUCUUUACAUUUUCGUUACUUGAUUUUCCUUAUAUUCUAUAUGAGUGUAACAAUAUUAUUCAUAUUUUAUUAGCAUUAUUUGUUUCGUAACUGAUAAGAUUAGUCAUAUUUCAACUGAUUUAGUAUUAGUUGCAUAAUAACUUAUCAUAAUUAGUACCUAACUGUUUUUAGUGCUUCGGUGCUCUUGAUUUAUUUACAACUAUGUUAAUAUAAUAUUCUUCUAUUAUAUUACAUUGAUGAUAUAUUAUCUUUGAUACUGUGUUGCUAUAUUUAUGAGUUUAUGCUACCACAUUUGCAAGAUUUUUUAAAUCAUUUUUAAAUUUACAUUUAGAUAUAGUAAGAAUAUCCCAAGUGAGAUUGACAUCAGCAUCUCUUAACAUCAAUGCUUUCAUUCCAGCUAUGCUGACAGUUUGAUGUGAACCUCACUACGAUACAAUUUUGUAUGAACUACAUGUCGUUGCAUCUCAAAUUCAUAUACGUGAAUGACUAGAUAAGCUCAUAAUAAAUUGAAUAAGUUAUUCCUCAUACUUGUCAAUUUGAUUAUAUUCUAAUGAGACUAUUGUAGUUACUGGAAGAUGAAAAAGGUUUAGUCUCUUAAUAUGAUAUUAUAAUACACUUACUCAAGUUUCGUUAAUUUGAGUAGGCCUAUAUCAUCAUGAUCUUAUUCAAAUCCAUCUUUGUGUACAAUUAGUCUAAACGUAGCUGAAGAUUGAUGUUUCUAAAAUUAAUAGACUAUAAGUGAAUAAAUAUUUUUAUUUUUCCGAAUUUUGCUUCUAUAUGAGGAUGAUUAUUUUAUCAGAAUUUAUAACAUUGUAACAAUCUGAACUAUAUUUCUCGUUGUUUCAAUAAAAUGUGGUUGAGACAUCA